AUGGCCAGGAAGAAGCGGGUAGAAUCGGACGAUGAUAAUGAUGAGAAACCCAAGAGGAAGCCGGCGAAGAAACGACAUUCUUCGCCAACAAAAUCUCCUCCAGGUCUCAAGAGGAAGCAGGCCAAACCCAAUACACCGGCCAAGGGUAGCAAAGGUCUUUCGAAGGACAACAAGAAAAAAGCAGAACAGAAGCAAGGAGGCAGUUCUUCUGAAGAAGAGAACGAGUUCGUCGAAGAAUUUGAAAGUGAGGAUUUGCUGAGAAUGAAUUUUACCGCUAUCAUCGGUCCCAACGGUUCAGGGAAGAGUAAUGUUAUUGACUCCUUAUUAUUCGUCUUCGGCUACAAGGCCUCAAAAAUUCGUUCCAAAAAGCUUUCCGUGCUCAUACAUUCGUCUAGAGGUCAUGACGACAUAAAUAGCUGCUCUGUCGAAGUAUUUUUCGAGCAGAUUAUUGACAAG